AAUUCAGUCAUCGUUGGUGAAUCGAGGAGAUGCAAACUGCUUCUUGCCGUCGUCCGUCGUCGUCGUCGCCCUCUUCGAUCACCGUCGUUUCUAGCUCUCUCGCUUCCGGCGGUGAUUCCGGACUCGCGCCGUGCGUGUGCUUGUGAGUGUGUGCGUACCGCGUGCGUGUGUGUUUGACAAACUCUUUCGUGAGUGUGAUCUUUUUUUUCGGGCUCUAGAAAUUCGAUAAAGUUUCACGACCGUCGCGUUUUUCGUUCUCUUCUUCGUUUUCCUUCCUCACCCACUCACAAAAAUCGUGUGAGUCGUGUCUUCUUCUUGGAGUGAGAAUUCCCCUGUUGGUGGUGUUGGUGUGUGCGAGCAGAACGGCACAAGGGCGGCGUGUGUAUGCGUGCCUGGGAGGGAGUGAGAAGCACAUACUCAUGCAAGUGAGCGAGCCGAGCAGUGAGCCGUGAGCGACAAGAGAAUAACACGGGAGAAAGUGGUUCUCACACUUUGAAAUACAAAAAAAGUGAGCGUGCGUGUGUUGGUGUGUGUUGCAAAAAGGCAACAUCAGAGAAAAAAGUUUGAUUUCGAGCAAAUUUGUGCAACGAGCAAAAAAAUCAGGAAGGAGCAAGAUUCUGCACCGGAUUUGUGGGGUGGUUCGUGUGUGGGUGUGUGGUUCCGGAAGAGAGGAGCUUGGGUUCGAGCCCCGUUCGAGGAGUGGAUAUUUUUUGCUGCUGUCGUCAGCCGUGUUCGUGUAUGUGUUAAAGUGCAGCCCCUGUUAAAGGGGUACAAAGUACGCUCGGGUCACGAUGGGGAAGUUACUGUCCAAAAUCUUCGGCAACAAGGAGAUGAGAAUACUGAUGCUGGGAUUGGACGCCGCUGGAAAAACUACUAUUUUAUAUAAGCUAAAAUUAGGUCAAUCGGUAACGACAAUUCCAACGGUGGGCUUCAACGUCGAAACCGUGACGUACAAGAACGUCAAAUUCAACGUGUGGGACGUCGGCGGCCAGGAUAAAAUUAGACCGCUGUGGAGGCACUACUACACAGGCACACAAGGACUCAUCUUCGUCGUGGACUGUGCGGACCGGGACCGGAUAGACGAGGCGCGGCAGGAACUGCACCGGAUAAUCAACGACCGGGAGAUGCGGGACGCGAUCAUACUGAUAUUUGCCAACAAGCAGGAUCUACCAGAAGCAAUGAAACCCCACGAGAUCCAGGAGAAGCUCGGCCUGACGCGGAUACGCGACCGCAACUGGUACGUGCAGCCGUCGUGCGCGACGACCGGCGACGGCCUGUACGAGGGCCUGACGUGGCUCACCUCGAACCACAAGUUAUGAGAGUAAUUGUGUGCUGAUAACACAACACCUUAGAGAAAAAGAAAAAAAAAACGUGUGCGCGUGAGAACGAGCGAGAGAGAGCGAGUGUCGUCGUCCGAAAAGAACACAAACAUUGUCACACAGCGAGGAUCUACGGAAAAUUUAUCGUAGCGUGUGUGACGUUGCUGAUGUUGUCGUGUUGCCAAGCCUCCAAUUCCUAACUGUUGUGUGCGCCCCCUCCUCCUUCCGGUCCUCAUCAACAACAACAACACUGUAGCCUAAACACACACACAUUCACAAAAUCUACCUACAUAAUUACUAAAGAAAUGAAAACAAACAAUGCUACAAUACUGUUAUGGGUAAAAUAUAUGCGUGCACCUCUUUACACAAUUUUACGAUUCGUUCUUGUUUUUUGGGUUCGUCGAGUAAAUUUAAAAAAUAAAAGAAAGAAGAAAACAAACACAAAAAGCAAAUCUAUCCGGCCUUGAAACGGAUUCAAAACCUAUAUCUUUAUCGAUUAGAGAAAGUGAGAGAAAAAAUGGGGGAAAUUUAAACAAAUAAAUGAACAAAGCAAGUGAGAAAGUUUAAAGUAAGUGCAUAAGUAACGUGUAAUCGAUUAAUUUGAGCUAUAUUUAAACAAAAGAAAGACGUUCAAAUUAAAGCUGAAAAGAAACACAAAUUCGCUGCACUCUAUUGUUCUCUAUCCCAAGUUUCCGCCCUGUUUCGCCUGUUUCCCGCCAGUCGCACACUCAAAAACACACUCUCACACAUUCUAUCCAGAGAUUGUAGCUAAUAUUUAUUCAUUAAAGCAAAGUAAAAGAUUAAACAAGAACCGAUCGCAGGUUGAGCGUGAUCAAAACGAAAACCAUCACGAAAGUAGCGAAAUCAAAGAUAGAGUGCAACACAAAAAGGAAUUUUCUUGGAGUGACGAUCGAUCGAAGAAGGAGAAGAGUUUUACUUGUAUAUACUAUGAAAGUGCAUAAUUAUUCAGCGGAAAGAAAAGGGGAAAACUCACACACAUUAAACAAAGCUUGAGAAUGAAAACAAAAACACACAUUAAAGAACACUUAUUUUGUAAGCAAUUGAAUGAUGUCGAGAGAUAAAUAAUAAAUAGGAGAAAACAAGCAAAACAAACGAACGACAGUCAUUCACCAGCAGAGCUAAUUGUACAUAUUAUAAAUGGCCACAUAACACACAGACACACCCAACAUGUAAAACGAGUUAAAGUGCGUAAGGAAACUGAAACAGCAAAACAAAACUAGGGAAAUAAUUUCAAAUGAGAAGAAAAAAAAUCUGCAUUCGUAUCCUUAGAAGAAAAAAAACAAAUAUAUUAAAAACAUUCAGAAAACAAUAGAAAUCACGAAUUCCCCCAAACUCUAGAACGGGCAUAAAAUUCAAACAGAUCAAAGUGUGCUUUGAGCGAGCGAGCGACUGACUGUGUGCGCGGGUGUAAUUGUGCGAAUGUGUGCGCUGCAAGGUGUGCUUUUUUGAGUUUUGUUUUUCGUUUUAAUCUAAAUGAAACCCAAACUAAUUUGCUACGUUGUUUUUAUUUAGGUUUGACGCGCGCGCGCUUAUUUUGUUCCGCCUUGUCAUAAAGAUUUAUUUUUACACAACCACAAGAACGCAUAAAAUUCACACACACACAAACAUAUUUUAUUUACGUUUCAUCCCCGCUAAUUUCGGUUGUCGUUUACUAGUUGUUUAUAUUAUUUGAACGGCGAUCAGAUUGUGUUUAGCGUGUAAGAGAACGGAGCCGAAAAUGAUGGCUCGGCAAAAGACGAAAA